AUGAAUAGAUUAUUAAUUACAGAAUUAGGUGAUGCUAUGAGAGCAGAAUUAAUUAAAUAAGAAGAACUAAAAAGAAAAAAGACUGUUCUGGUAAGUCGAGAUUCACUUCCAGAAGUGAAAUCAACAGGAAUAAUUAAUUCACUUCUUUUAGAUGUGGAUGAUAAUCCAUUAUAUCGUAAAAGUCUUUCAGAUAUUGCUUUAAUGAAUUUAACAAGAGCUGCAAAUAUUUCAUUAAAUGGAUCUUAAAGUAAGGACGUGUUGGAAUAACAUAUAAGAGAAGAUUUAUAAAUUCAAAAGAAGAAUGAUUAUCUUAAUCAUUAUCUUAAUAAGCAAGUGUAAAAAAUUGCAGAUGAUAAAAGUAAAUGUUGAUGAACUAUAAACUAAUAGACUUGAUGACAAAGAGAAGAAGAUAUUUAUUAGGCGAAUUAAGAAAGAUUGAAGCAAAAGAGAACAGUCUAAAAAUUAGAAACAGAAUUUCUACAGAUUAAUCUUAGCUUAGUACAAUUGUAGAGGAUACAGAUAGAGAAAAUAAAUUGAUGGCCAUCAUAAAUACAGAAGGCAAAUUACUAUAAUUAUAAAGGAGAUAUGAUAAAAAGAAAGAGGAUGAUGAAGCAUUAAAACAGUAAGUUAAAUCUAAUUAUUGCAAACUUAAAGAUAUUCAAGAAAUGCAUAUUGAUGCUCUCUAAAUCUUAAGUUAAGAAUAAUUAGUUCAAGGCAUUCAAAAUUUAUAUCAUAAUACUGAUCUUUCAGAGGCACGUUUUCAAUAGAGGUUACAUGAUAAACACAACAAUAUUACUACUAAAGUAUGGUAAUAAUAUCAUUUUCCAAAAAAACACAAAAAAUGGAUAUAGAUUCAAAAGAAGUUAUGA